AUGUGCCUGUACUGUUGGGGAGACGAAGCUGUCCAAGUACACCCCGAAGGACCUAGACAGCAUCAUCCUUCAGAGGUCACGGAGAAGCAGACUGCAGAUAAACGUAUUCAGUAUUUGCAAAAUCUAAGGAAAGAGAAGAGGAAAUUAAGUAAACGGUUUGCAAGGCCUUCUCCUGUUCCAGAACCCGGUCUCCUAGUCUAUGAUCCAUUUUGUACUAAUGCUAAUGAACGAUAUAAGGUCAGUGUCUAG